UGCGCGUUCGCGAUUUUUCUGAGAUUCCCGACGUAAGACGAAACUGGGAGCAUCGCCGGAAUAUCGACAAGUUCAUACCGACGAGUGAGUGAUGGGGGACGCAGCGAUGAACGUCGCAGCGUCCGGUGGCAGCGGCGGCGGCGGUGGUGGCGGUGGCGGCGGCGGCGGCAGCGGUGGCAGCGGCAGCGGUAGCGGCGUCAGCGGCAGCGGUAGCGGCAGUCAACGUAUCGUUAAAGAGGGAUGGCUCCAAAAGCGCGGAGAGCACAUUAAAAAUUGGAGAUCAAGAUAUUUUGUCUUGAGAGACGAUGGUACACUGGUUGGAUUCAAGGCAAAACCUGAUCCACAGAUGGCUACACAAACAUCUACCCAGCCCUUAAAUAAUUUUACAGUGCGUGGGUGCCAAAUAAUGUCAGUGGAUAGACCUAAACCCUACACAUUUGUUAUCAGAGGCCUCCAGUGGACAACGGUAAUCGAAAGGACGUUUCAUGUGGAAACGGAACAAGAAAGGGAAGACUGGGUAGCAGCAAUCAGAUAUGUAGCAGAUAGAUUAGCAAAUGAAGAAAAUCAACAAGAACAACCACAAAUGCAACAAUCUUCUUCCUCAGAGGAUGUUGAUAUGGAAUCGUCAGUAGGUGCUAGGUCUGACUCUUGUAGUUCCUUAGGUGUUGUAUCUUCUGAUAUAGAUGGUGGUAGUAUUGAUGAAUUAUCAGCAAAGUUCAGUGUCCAAGGAACUUCAAGUAGUAAAAGUACCGGCAAAAAGAAAGUAACACUGGAAAAUUUUGAAUUUUUAAAAGUUUUGGGGAAAGGAACGUUUGGAAAGGUAAUUCUUUGUAGAGAAAAAGCAACAGGACAUUUAUAUGCUAUUAAAAUUUUACGAAAGGAGGUUAUUAUUCGUAAAGAUGAAGUGGCACAUACACUUACUGAAAACAGAGUAUUACGUACUACUAAUCAUCCUUUUUUAAUCUCUUUGAAAUACAGUUUUCAAACGGCGGACAGAUUGUGUUUUGUUAUGGAAUAUGUAAAUGGUGGUGAAUUAUUUUUCCAUUUGAGUCGAUCACGAGUAUUUGGUGAAGAUCGUACUCGAUUUUAUGGCGCAGAGAUUAUAUCGGCCUUAGGUUACUUGCACUCGCAAGGCAUUAUAUACCGUGAUCUCAAACUGGAAAAUCUUCUUUUGGAUAAAGAUGGACAUAUUAAAAUUGCUGAUUUUGGUUUAUGCAAAGAGGACAUUACGUAUGGAAGAACAACAAAGACAUUUUGUGGAACACCAGAAUAUUUGGCACCAGAAGUACUUGAAGAUAACGAUUAUGGACGAGCUGUGGAUUGGUGGGGUGUAGGUGUAGUCAUGUAUGAAAUGAUGUGUGGUCGAUUACCUUUUUAUAACAAAGAUCAUGAAAAGCUAUUUACGCUUAUUUUAUUGGAAGAAGUAAGGUUUCCUAGGACGAUUAGCAAUGAAGCAAGAGAGAUGCUUGGUGGUUUAUUAAUAAAGGAUCCAAGUAAAAGAUUAGGUGGUGGACCUAAUGAUGCAAAGGACAUCAUGAAUCAUGCAUUUUUCUCAUGUAUCAAUUGGACGGAUCUUGUCCAGAAAAAGAUUCCUCCACCCUUUAAGCCGCAAGUGACUUCAGAUAUUGACACUCGAUAUUUUGAUAGUGAAUUUACCGGCGAAAGUGUUGAACUUACACCCCCAGAUCAGGGUUGUUUGGGUAGUGGAGGGGGUUUAAAUUCUAUAGCAGAAGAACAAGAACAUUUUCCCCAAUUUUCAUACCAGGAAAGUCAUUCAGCAGCAACUUCUUCCAUUGUUUCUAUUAAUCACUGACAGUGUCAAGUAUCUUGCUUAAUUAAUGUAAUGAGAUAUGGUUCAAUGCAUGAAAAACU